CUAAUUGACCAGUUGGCUUAAACCAAAUUUUAACUUUUUAUUUACCUGUUAAUCUUAAUCAGUUUGUUAAUACUCAAACUCAAAUUAACCUGAAAUUUCCAAAUUCAUCUGCUCUGAUCAAUCAUUUUCUGCCGGAGUAAUUGUUGAAUGGGAAAAAGAGAGCAUGAUUUUUGUCCAUUUUUAUUUCCGUCAGCCGCCUACGGCUCUCCGUCGUCUUUGUCGUCGUCAACAUCAUCACCGCCGUCUUCACCGCCGGAGCCAUCUUAUUCCGACACUCAGUCUUCAUCUGAUCACUAUUAUUGUUCUUCGCCUAGUAUUACCUCUCCUUUCGUUCAUCUGUCAACUACUCCUCCCUUGUCUCCGGCACCGGCAACUAGAUCUCCGGCCGAAAAGAUCGGAAAUCUUAAUCAGCAACACGCCGAACAGUGUUCUUCAUCUAGUAGUAAUGAUUCCCUCUCUGAAGAUAUUAUAGUUGAUCAGUUUCUGCAGGGGAAAUGGAUUCAGGAUGACCAUGAAACGUUGACGGAGACCGGCAUUGCUCACGAUUAUCAGUUGGAUUCUUUAGCUUUUAGUUUGGAGCCUAUUCCUUUUCAAACUCUCCCACUUUUCAGCCCUCAAGAUUCAUCUUUGGAUGCACAACUAGAACUUUUAAAGAGUAGCUUGCAAAUGCAAGAGGCUCGGAUACUGCAAAUUCAAAAGGUUCGGCUACUGCAAUUAGAAGCCAACCGGCGUCUGCACGAACAACCAGAGGUUGAAAUGGAUUUGGAAACAAGUUUUAGAAAGGAGUCGGCUUUCAAAAAUUCACGAGCAGCUCUUUUUGAUGAUUUAUGUGCUCCCAACAAUGUGAAACAAAACGUCUUGUCGUCUAAUGACUUUAGAGUCGAUGAACUCUUGGAUUUCUCUAAUGAAGAAGAUGAGGGAGACCUAGUUCUACAAGGACUUAUUAGUGAUUUCGGUGAUUUCGGUGGAAAAGAUGAUUUUGAGUCUAUUUCGGGGAGUGAACUAUGCAUUCCGUUAGAUGAUUUAGCAAGUUUAGAAUGGCUAUCUCAUUUCGUGGAGGAUUCCAACUUGGGAUAUUCUGCUCCAUUUCCUGCCGGAGCUUUUCACGGCGGCAGCGAACUGUUAACAGAGAACUGUUACAAGACUUCGUUUCCGGUGAAGGCUAGAAGCAAGCGUACACGGAAAAGAAUUGAUCUCUUUAAAUUAAGUUUAACAAAUAUAUAUAAAAAUGGGGCUUAAUAUGUAGUUUAACCCUUAAACUAUACCAUUUUGUUUCUUGUCCCGUAUAAGCUCUUUUAAUUUCCUAUAUAAUUUUUUGACUUGUUAUUUUAUUUAAUCGCUCAACCGUUCGUGAAU